CCAUCGGAUUCCGAUGACCUAAAGCAUGGAACCCUUAAUUUGUAGCAACACUGGGUUGCAUAAUCCAACCGACUUCUGUCAGAAUCAAAUAGACCAUCUCUUGUCUUGCUGGUGUUUUGUUCCAUACUUGUCGUACUUGCAUGUUUGUAGCAGCAGAAGAAGAUAAGCAACACUAAACCGUUGAUAAUGGAAGCUAUAACCUCUCUUUCUCUGUCUUCCAUGUUUAACGCCUUUGCCCCCACUUAUUAAAUCUUGGUUGGCAUAUUCUCACCACUGCUAUAACCUCUCUUAUCUAUCUAUGUUCUACUCUAUAUAUAUUCAGUUGUAUAUGUGAGUGGGAUAAGUAUCUAAUAUCUUGAUGGAUCCUAAUGCAUCAAGCUCUCUCCUGAACCCUUCAAGCUUUCAAUCAUUUUAUUAUGAAGCUAAAGAGAGUGAGGGUAUUAUUGAUCUUGGUCUUAGCCUCAGAGCUCUUCAACCUGAAACUUAUCAUCAUCCAUCAGCACAUUUGGUGAGCUUGGAGGGCUAUGAUGGUCUGAUAGAUUGGCCCCAGGCUAACAACUUGAAUUUGAAGAAUUCAAAUGUCACAAGUCCGAGAAAUAUACCGGAAGAUUGUGAUGAGGAAGCAGAGGGAGUCCAGAGCAAGGAGAGGUGGGCUUAUGUGAAAGUUAACAUGGAUGGGAUUGUUAUUGGCAGAAAAGUUUGUGUACUUGAUCAUAGUGGCUACUCGAGCCUUGCAUUUCAACUAGAAGACAUGUUUGGUAGACAAUCUGUAUCUGGGUUGAGGUUGUUCCAGGUUGGAUCUGAGUUUUCACUUUUUUACAAGGACAGAGAUGACAAUUGGAGAACUGUUGGUGACGUUCCAUGGAGGGAAUUCGUAGAAUGUGUGAAGCGGCUAAGGAUUGCGAGAAAGAACUGAGCUAUUCUUCCCAGUUAUGCGAAAUUGAACUAAUUUUUCUUCUCUCUCUCUGAUGUAUGUUCUUAUAAUGUACCUGACUUGGAGGAAACUAGAGUAAAAUUGCAUAUCUAAGGAUUCCAUAGCUGGAUGCAACAAUGUAUAACAUUAUUGUUC